GUUUGAGAUUAUAUAGACUAACACCAAUCUUUUUAUUGAAACAGCCUGUCAGUCAGACAGUGAACUAUUCCUCUGAAAGAGAAACAGCGAGAUACAAUAGGCCAGAUCUACUUUGUAAAUGCUCAUGUUUUCUUCUUCUUCUUCUUCUUGCACCCCUCCUCGAUCUCACCCUCCUCCAGCAGUCACUGAUAGUGCGCGCGCAGCCCGAGCCUUCACUCCAUCACAUAAAGCGCGCGCCUGAACAUCACGCACAGUCUGGCUAUGCGUUUGCGCCUCUGCGUGCAUUUGGGACUAUAGCUAAUACUAAAGUUUGGCUUUUGGAGCACUGCUGCCCGUCCUCUUCUUCAAAGGUAUUUUGAUGUUACCAACAGAAAUCUCAGGAGGAGUGUGUUUCAGCACAAGUCAGCACUCCAAAGAAGGAAGGAACGGAAUGAAAACAGAAGAAAACCAAUCAUGUCUUCAGCAGGCCCCCUCUGCCACUCCUUACGAGCAUGUGGGAGGAGGUGAGGUGUGUGCAGGGUGCGAGUCUCCCAUCGCGGACCGCUUCCUCCUGCGCGUCAAUGAACUGUCCUGGCAUGAGACGUGUGUCAAGUGCGCGGUAUGUCGCAGCGCACUGAGCGGGACCUGCUACUGCCGGGACCGCUUGCUUUACUGCAAGCAUGAUUAUGAGAAGUUGUUCGUGCGGAAGUGCAGUGCGUGCCUGCAGGCGAUCGGCCGCUCGGAGCUCAUCAUGCGUGUGCUGGGGCAGGUGUACCACCUGGGCUGCUUCAGCUGCUGCGAGUGUGAGCGCCGGCUGCAGAGAGGUGAUGAGUUUGUGCUAAAGGAGGGACAGCUGCUCUGCCGGGGAGACUAUGAGAAGGAGAGAGAGAUGCUGGCCGCCAUCAGCCCGGCCCCUACCGAGUCUGUAAAGAGUGAGGAUGAGGAGGGUGGCGGUGUCUCCGUCGGCGGGAAGGCUGGAGAUGAUGGGAAGGAGCACAAGAGAUCCAAGAGACCACGAACCAUCUUGACCACGCAACAGCGUCGCGCUUUCAAGGCUUCCUUCGAGGUGUCUUCAAAACCCUGCCGAAAGGUCAGAGAAACUCUUGCAGCUGAGACUGGACUGACGGUGAGAGUCGUGCAGGUGUGGUUCCAAAAUCAGAGAGCAAAGAUGAAGAAGAUUGCUCGCAGACAGCAGCAGCAGCAGCAACAGCAGGAACAGGAGCAGAUGGGCGGGACCAGGAGGGGCCCGAGCAGAGGGGGGCGCCAGAGUAACGAUGACAGUGAGGAUGGCUCCAGCAGUCACGGACUGGAUGGGUUGCUCUCGUAUUCCUCUCUGCCACGCCAACAACUGCUGGCUUUGGAUCCGAACAUAUACGGCAGCGAGCAGUUCCGACACGGGCUCACGCCACCACAGCUCGGCCCCGAGCAGAUGCACUCCUAUGACUCAGAGACAGUUUUCCAUGACUUGGACAGUGAUGGAAGUCUCAGUCAUCUUGGUGACUGUCUCUUGACGACCGCAGAGGGUGGAGUUCUGGCAGGGCGGAUAGGAAAUCCCAUUGAUCGCCUCUACUCAAUGCAAAACUCCUACUUUACCUCAUGACCCUGGUUCCACCUACCUAAAGCGCUCCAACACCACAGCAGGGGGCAACAAAUAGAUCAUCAUUAAAACUAAUUGAAUCCCACAAUCGCAUCUUAGUUGUGCCAAUAAAGUUCUAACCAAUCAAACCAAGACAGGAUCAGACCCCAAAAAUUCAAUAUGACAUGGACAGAAUAGGAAUUCACUGGAAUAUCAUGUUUUGUAUCACACAUAUACACUAUUUUUUUCUGCUCUGUAUCGCGCAAACAAUUUUGGACAGUCAUAGGUGCAGACAUCAACAGGCAGCUCUUCGUGAAGUGUAAGUGUUACCUCACACUCUACUCACUGUAAAACUAACAAACUGAUCAAGUCGGUAUCCAAAAUCUCCCCCUAUACUCUCAUUCGCUAUUAGAGUGCUUGAAUGAUGAUGUGUUUUGUAGGUCAACCAAAAAGUUAGCAUUACCCCGGUUCCCCCGAUAAAAAGACAAUAGGAUUGUUCUAUUGGAUUACUGCAGAAAAUGUUCUGUGAGAAUUAAUGAUUCCUACACAUUCUGUUCAUCAUGAUAAUGUUUUGAACAUUUUAAAGCCUAAAUACAGCAUUAGUAAAAAUCUAAAUAUAUAAAAAUGCACCACGGUCACAUGACUUCAUCACCACCAUUAAGCUUUUAACAUAUAUUUCAGUCUUAAAAAGCAUUUUCCAUGAUAAUAAACACAAGGCUGUGAAAGCGGAUUAGUGUGUUCAGUGUGAUAACGUUUAAAGGUGCAGUAAGCGAUUUUUGAGAAAACCAAGAAGCACAACAAACUUGUAGCCAAUCAGCAGUAGGGGGCGUGGUCACUCAUGAUGUGGGAGGAGAGAGAGUGAGCCAAUCAGCAGUAGGGGGCGUGCCCACUCAUGAUGGUGGAGGAGAGUGAGUGAGCCAAUCAGCAGUAGGGGGCGUGUCCACUCAUGAUGGGGGAGGAGAGAGAGUGAGCCAAUCAGCAGUAGGGGGCGUGUCCACUCAUGAU